AUGGCGCUAAAUGACAACCCUUUUGCAGAUCCAUUUUCGGUGAUAAAUUUUUUUUGAAAUUAAUAUACGGGAUAUGUUUUAGGAUCCACCUCGAGCCCCUGUUGAAACUGUUCAUUCUAAUUCUAACCAUUCUACUGGGAGGACCCAACCUGCAACAAAUAAUGCAGAAGAUUUCAAUCCCUUCGCAAACAGAGCUCCUCCAGCUUUGAAUAAUCAGGUGAGGAGUUUUUUUUUUUGAAGGUUUAGUAAGCGAAAAUGGAACAGCGCUGUCAUGGGAAAUUUCAUUAUCAGAAAAAAAAAACUUUGAUUUACAAUAAAAAAUUAUCAAUUAAUAUUGAGGUAAGAGUUAUGCAAUAUUUUGUUUCAUAGCCCAUAAUUUGGUAAAUGAUACAUUCUCAAGCCAUAAAUUUCCUAACAAAUCCUUUUCCCGCAUGCACGUAUUGAUUAAUCGAAAUAGCGUUGCUCCAUUUUUCUAGUUGUUUUUUUCCCCUUGGAUUAGGUUUCACUGAAAGGAAACCUCUUCUGAUCAAUUUCACUGCAUGUUUGAAAUAUUAUUUAGGUCUCUGGUGGCAACGUCCUGGGCGGCUCGAGACAAGGAAUGGAUGAUGAGCUUUUCCGCAAGCAAGAAGAGCUUGAGCGUAAGGCUCAGGAGCUCAGAAGACGCGAAGAAGAGUUGGAACGGCGUCAGAGGCAAUCCAACAAUAGUAAGUUUUUUUAUAAUAAUUAAAGUAAUUAUUAUUUAUGUAUCUUACUGAUCACCUUCUAUUUCUUGCCCAAAUUUUUGUGUUUGAAUUGCAAACGUAAAACGUUUUUUUAGAACUAAGCAAAAUGCGAAAAAAAAUAGAAUAUGAAAUUUAAAUACAGUUUCAAAUUGUUUAUCUAGUGAAGAAAGUUUUCAAAUUCAGCUGUUUUGUAUUUCCAAAUUCAUUUUUUUUAAAUUCAAGUCUUGCGUAUGAGAAAUAAAACAGCCAUUUUGAUUUGAUUGAUAAAUCAGAACCCUAUGAAGAAGUCUGGUUUUGAAAUCUAUUGAGAAAGAUAUAAGAAAAUCUAGAAAAAAAAGAGAUUAAAAUAGUUGCAGUCGAUCCCAACGCGACAAAUCAGCAAAGGCCUCACAACUGGCCUCCACUUCCGACAAUUAUUCCAGUAGAGCCCUGUUUUUAUCAGGUUCAGUACGAAAUUUUAUGAAAAAAAAAAUUUUUUUUAAGGAUAUCGAAGUCGAGAUCCCAGUACAGUUCCAGAAAACUGUCACUUUUGUAUAUUAUGUGUUUCUCGUGUACGUUUUGGCUUUAUUGGUGAAUGUUGUCGCUUCCCUUUUCUACAUGAUUUUCGCUUCAGGUUGGUCGCCGAUUUUUUUUAGAACUUCAUUAUUUCAUGAAAAAAGCUAUUGUUGAUCUCUCAUAUUUUUUUUUCCAUCAGCUGAUCAACUACUAAGGUUUUCCUCAAAAAAAAAGUAGUAACCUGUGCAUACGAGAAACGGAACAUGUUUCAAAACCGAAAAAGCGUGUUUAUCCGCGCACUUAAGUUGUUUCAAAACGGUACUAAUUUUUAUUUUAAAGAAAUUUUCUUGUUUUUUGAAACAAUUUUCUUUUUGUCAAAUGAACACGCCAUGAAGGUUGAUUUUUUACGAUGCUUUUAUGUCUUUUUUGAUAGUAAAAAAAUUUUUUUUUUUACUUAGUAACGAAUUUACUUUUUUUGAGCUUCAUAAUAGCUUUUUUUGGUUCAAUAAUGAUGCUAAUUCUAAUUUUAUAUAAAUGUCCCGUCCUGAUUUUUCAUCGAUUUUUUAAAUGAUAUUCAGGACCUAUUGGCCAACUUUUCCUGGCGGUUAUUCAGCUUGGCCUUUUCUCGCCUUGCUCUUUUCUUUUCUGGUUCAGGCCUGUGUACAAAGCCUUCCGAAAUGAUUCUUCCUUCAACUUCAUGGUUUUAAUAUAGAAUUUUUUUUUUUGAAUUCUAUAUUUUCACAGGUUUUCUUCUUUGUGUUGUUCUUCCAUUGUAUUUUCACAUUCGUUCAAACACUGGGCCUCUCGUCAUACGCCUGUGGUUGGAUAAAUGCUUUGGAUACUUUCGGAGGUUAUAACUGAUAAUUGAGGAUGAAGGUUUUUUUAAUUCCAGUAUCGGUCCCGAUCGCCCUCAUUAUGUUGAUUUCGGCUCUUUGCUUCACAGCCGCUCUCAUAGGAAUGGUCGUGGCCCUAAUUAAAGUUCACCGACUUUAUAGGUGAGUCGACUAUUUGAAAUUGAAAAAUUCAUAUUUUUUUCUCCUCCAGGUAAUUCAAUUAGCUUUUUUUAAUAUUUAUGGUCAAUAGAAUUCUUUUUUUAACAUUUAAAUUUUUUUAUUUCCGAGUGAAAGAGAACUUCGCAACGGUAAUUUUUGAACAAUUUUUUUAUUCAAUUUUUCUUUUUGUUAAACAGACUCUCGUUCGCUUUUUCUGAUUGCUGAAUAAUAGUUCUGUAAAGUACUGGUGUAGUUUUUAUCAUUCGGAAAUGUCGAAAUCAUUGAAAUAUUGACGACUUUCUUUUUUUUCGUUACUUUUUGAGGAGUAGCCUUUUCGCUUAGAAUGAGAGAGAAAUUCGAAGUCGCGUAGAGUUCAUAAGCGGUUCAUUUACGAGGUUAUAUAUGUUCUGACCUCGCUUUUCGCGCCGGCCUAGCCAUUUUUUUAGUGUAAUAAGUUGCCUUAGCAUUUUUAGAUCUUAUCUUUUCUAGGGGCGCUGGUUUCUCGAUCGACAAAGCAAGACAAGAGUUCACACAUGGUGUGAUGGCCGACGCAAGUGUGCAACGGGCGGCUUCCGCGGCGACUUCGGCCGCGGCUGGUGCUGCUUUCCAACAAGCUUCUCAAGGCAGAUUCUAG